UCAAGUGUGUUCAGAUAAUAUAUAAAAGCAUGUGUGAUAUAUGUCUUACACAACUGAGGAAAAUAGUUCAAAAAUUGUCUUAAAAAGUCAGGGAAAAAUUUAUUCUUCCAUCGAUUAUUAUUAAUUUGCGUGAAGUUAACCACGGUAAUCGUCUAACGCAAACGCACAGAGGACUUUGAUACACAUCCGUUUUGGCGAUGCCACAAUGUGACAUUUUUCUUCUAUUGUGCAUACUCUGCAAUAAAAUCAUAUAGAUAAAAACAACGGACGUCAUUGCACAGUUAUAAUUUAAUAUUUUUCUGACCUUUGAUUCUUUUCACGAACUUAAGAUAUUUCAGUUUUCAAAUUACAUUUAUCAGUUCUAUGUAACAGUUUUGAAACACAUGUAAAACAUACUAGUGUGUCAGAUCUAAAGAGAUCGGAGUUUAUUCGUUAUCAUAACUGAAAACAAGUUAUCAGUGUUCGCACGUGAAAUACACAGAAUUAGUAUAACAGAAUAUUGUGAAUAAACUUGAAUCUAUUUGAUACAUUUUAGACAUCAACGUGAAUCAUGAUUAUAACAAUAUUGUUGUUGGGGAUUUUAUAUGUAAUAUUGUAUGAUUAUUAUGUGCAUCAUAAACGAAGUGGGCGACUUAUUCGUCUUAUACCAGGUCCACCAAGUGUUCCGAUUCUUGGUUCGGCACUUUUAUUUCAAUGUUCACCACAAAAUAUAUGGAUGAUUCGGCGUUAUUUUGUCGUCAUGUAUCCCGUUACAAAAUUCUGGGUGGGUCCUGAAUGUGUUAUAGUACUUCGUCAUCCAGAUGAUUUGGAGACAGUCUUAAGCAGCACGAAACAUACUGAAAAAGGUAGAAUAUACAUCGCGUUUCGUCCAUGGCUUAACGAUGGUCUUCUUACAAGCAAAGGAAACAAAUGGCACACCCGACGAAAACUACUUACGCCUGCAUUUCAUUUUAAUAUAUUACGGCACUUUGUUGAUGUUUUAGUUGAAGAGGGAAAUCAUAUGACAAAAUCUCUGAAAGGAAGUGAAGAAACAGUUAUACAAGAUUUAGUUUCAUUUGUUAGCGAGCAUACACUAAACGCAAUAUGCGAAACCACUAUGGGUAUUUCUUUGCGUAAUCGUGACACGUUUGAGAAACAGUAUCGGAAAGCAGUACACGACAUAGGUCAUCUUAUUAUACACAGACUUUUCUCUCCGUGGCUGUUUCCCGAUUUGAUAUUCGCAUUAUCUCCAACAAAUAGAAAGCAAGCUAAGAUGUUAAAGAUAUUACAUGGAUUUACUGAAAAAAUAAUUAAAGAAAGAAAACUUUAUCACGAACGCACAAAGGACCGAUAUUUAAAAAACAUUGAAAUUAACAUAUCGCCAGAAACAGAUGACGCAGAAGUGAUCGGAAUUCGCAAAAAGCGACUUGCUAUGUUGGAUCUUCUAAUAGCGGCAUCUCGAGAAAAUGAUAUAACCGAUUUGGACAUCAGAGAGGAAGUUGACACCUUCAUGUUCGAGGGUCACGAUACUACGGCAAUGGGUGUGUGUUUUGCUUUAUUAUUAUUAGCUGAGCACAAAGAUAUUCAGGAUCGUGUCAGGACUGAAGUUAAUGAUGUGAUGGAAGAGACUAAAGGAAAUUUGACUAUGGCGUCUUUACAAAAGCUACAGUACUUAGAGAGAUGCUUGAAAGAAGCGCUGCGAUUGUAUCCCAGUGUGCCUAACAUAUCACGCUCUCUUGCAGAAGAUAUAAAAUGUCAGUCGUACAUAGUGCCGGCUAAUGCACAUGUGAGUAUUGAUAUCUACGCCGUCCACAGAGAUCCUCAUUUCUGGCCGAAUCCGGACGUAUUCGAUCCGGAUCGAUUUUUGCCCGAUCAAGUGCGAAAUCGUCAUCCUUAUUGCUACAUACCGUUUAGUGCGGGACCGCGAAAUUGCAUAGGUCAACGGUUUGCUAUGUACGAAUUGAAAGCUAUGAUCGCACCUCUAGUAUAUCACUUUUAUCUGGAGCCCGUUGAUUACUUGAGAAAUCUUCAGUUAAAGAUGGAUAUGGUAAUUCGUCCUGCUCAUCCAGUUCGUGUAAAAUUUGUACCGAUCAACAAAAUAUAAAUUAAAUUAAAAUAAGAAUAGAAGGGAUAUAUAACAAGAAGUUAUGGGAAACGCUUGUGUUUUACUAACAAAGUACAUUAAUAUAUUUGCAAUACUUUAUAUUUUACAUAUUUUUCCUGGCAAUAAAAGGCCUGCAAAUACAGACAAUUUCGAUAUCUAUUUACAUACACUUAUGUACGAGACUGAAUAUAUAGUCUCAUAUAUAAUUAUAUCGAUUGCAUAAUUGCGUAUAAGUAUGCAUAAUCAGAUAAAAAUGUUGUCUACAUGUAAAAUACUUUUUUUUCUAUAUAGUUUCAAGACGACAAUAUCAAAGAGCAAAGUUACGUUAUACUGUGUGCAACAAAGCAAUUACUUUAUGAAUUAUGGUUUAAGACGUAAACAAUGAUUUAUACAAAGUGAACUUAUCUAAUAAUAAUUAAAACACAAUUAUUGAAAUUGGCGAAAGUGCAUCUUUUUACUCGUAUUCACAUUCUCUUGAUCCUUUGUGAUAAAAACAUUUUGAAUGUGUGUCUGCAUACACAUAGUAUGUGUAGUUGUUCAUGCCUUGAUAGAAAACGGUAAGAUAUCUUUCAUAAUAUAGAGGAUCAGAUUUAUGAGAGAGAGACUUUUUAGUAAAUGUAGAAAGGUUUUAGGUUUUUUUACUUUUAAAACUAAAAAAAGAAAACAAAAGUUUAAUUAAUAAAAUAACUAGAAAAUAGAGAUACAUAAAAAAACUUACUCGCUCAAUUUUACAAACGUUCAAUUUUACAAACAGACUCGUAAAUGCCACGUAGCAUUUUUUUUAGUAACAGCUAUUUCAUAUACGUAUUUAAUAAACUAGAUAUAUAUCGAUGUGUCUCAAAAAUUUUAACACAGUCGUAAUAUGAAAUUAUAUUGGGUCAAUCUGAAUAGAAAAGUCAUUUUGCAACAUUUGCAAUAUUUAUUAUCAUUUUAGACUUUGGACUCUGACGCACAUAUAU